UCUCUCACAAGUCACACCCCUCCCUAUAUAACCAACCACCUUCACAUACGAUUUCUGCAGUCAAGCCUCAAGAGGCACCAUAUCUCUGUGCUUCCAAAUCAUCAUAUUUACCCUACUCCUCACAACCUCUGCAAAAUUUCUCUCAAAUUCUCAUCCUCAACCGCAAUUACAACUAGAGCUGCACACUUUGUAGUUUUGGUUCAGGAAACGCGAGAAUAAGGCCUGAGAUGGAGGAAUUAUCAAGCAGGAGUAGAGAGCCGGUCGAUUUGGUUUCUGCUGUUAAAGAGUUGCAUAUACUAAGUUCUCACGAACUUAGCAAGUUAAUCAGGGAUGCUGAUAAUGAUACUAUUCAAUGGACAUCCAGUAAUGGAUCAUCAAAACAGAUUAAUGUGGAAACCCUAGCAAGAUAUUUAUCGUGGCACCUAAUCGCAAAGCUUCUGGAAUCCAAACAAGAUGAAGAACUUUUUAGAUACUUAUUAGGUGGGCUUAGACUUUUGCAUGCCUUGUAUGAUCUUGCACCUCGUAAUUCUAAAAUCGAGCAGGUGUUGCUUGAGGACAUGAAAGUAUCUGAACACAUGUUCGACUUGAUCUUUUUCAUGAUCUUGGUUCUUAGCGGCUUUAAAAAGGAAAGUCAACUUGCUCUACUGCAUUCAGCACUGUUGGCCUGCACUCUAUAUCUGUUAUCAGCAUUCGUUUCAUCACAAUCGAAUGAGUUGUCACCAGUUCUUCUUGCACACCCUAAGGUGGAUAUAUUUGUAUUUGGUUCCUUUGCUUCUGUUCAUAGGGAUAUUCAGUUUAUUCUAGUAAGGCUGUCUGGUCAAAACACCAAUGUUAGCAUGCAGUCAAAUCUUGCUGAAGUCAACCGCCUGUGUCAGCACUGUGAGGCAUCUCUACAGUUUCUUCAAUCCCUUUGCCAACAAAGGUUAUUUCGAGAGCGCCUCAUUAAGAACAAGGAUCUAUGUGAAGAAGGUGGCAUUCUUCUAUUGGCUCAUGACAUCAUGAAAUUGCCAUUCUGUGAAGAUUCUUAUCUUAUGGCUGUCUUUUCUAGGCUGAAAUCAAAAGUAUUAACUAUUGUGCUGCAUCUUUGUGAAGUUGAAAGCGUCUCUUUCUUAGAUGUGGCUGCCAGCACUACUAAGGGUUUAAAUUUAGCGAAGUCUACUAUAUCCCAGGUUCUCGAAUUGCUGAAGGUCAUGUUUCGUGGAGAUCUCAACGGACUUGCUUCUUUUACAGAUAGAACCUAUCCAAGGGGACUUCUACAACUGAAUGCAAUGCGGCUGACAGAUAUUCUUUCUGAUGAUUCUAAUUUUAGAUCAUACAUCACCCUCAAUUUCACUGAAGUUUUAGCGACAAUAUUUUUGCAACCGCAUCAGGAAUUCUUGUCUAGUUGGUGUUCUUCUGGAUCUAGGCCUUCUGAAGAAGAUGCUACCCUGGAUUAUGAUUCUUUUACAGCAUCUGGAUGGGUUUUGGGUGUGCUUACAUCAUCAGAUGUUCCCGAAUCCACUUUCAACGCAUCUCGUGUUCCCCGGACUUCCUAUGCGUUUCAGAGAACAUCUUUGCUCGUUAAAGUCGUCGCAAAUCUCACUUGUUUUAUUCCCGAUAUAUGUAGAGAGGAGAAGGAUCUUUUCCUCAACACAUUCAUGCAGUGCUUGCAGAAGGAACUUCCUAAUUUACCAUAUGGAGUUUCAAGUGAUUCUAGAACUGAAAGAGCUGCUAUCAUUAACCAAAACCUGCGUUCCCUAUCCAUUCAUGCAGAAUCUUUAAUUCCAGGAUUCCUUAAUCAUGAUGACGUGCAGCUGUUUAGGUUGUUCAUUGCACAAUUAGAGCCGCUACUGAAUCAGGAAUCUGAUACUAACCGAGUUACAGAGGUCAAUGCUACAGGUCAAGAAUCUUCAGAAAACAAAGGCAUAUCUGACAAUACACCUCUGGAAGAAGCAAAACCGGUAAAUAUAACUGGAAGUGAAGACCCAAGGACAGAUGUUGCUCCAACAUCAACUCCUAGGAAUUUUCAAGUAACAGAGGGAGACGCUCAGACUUCAGAAACAAUUGUGUUGGAUUCGAACACCGUGCAGAGUGAGGAAAAACAGUUGAGAAAAAGGAAGCGCAAUAUAAUGAAUCACAUGCAAAUAACCAUGAUUGAACAGGCUUUGCAGAAUGAGCCUGACAUGCAGCGGAAAGCUGCGUCGAUACAAUCAUGGGCUGAAAAACUUAGUCUUCAUGGUUCAGAAAUUUCUUCCUCACAGCUGAAGAAUUGGUUGAAUAACCGUAAAGCCAAGCUAGCCCGGGCAGCGGCAAAGGAUAACCGUGGACCUUCAGGUGGUGACAAUAUUACUUUCACCGACAAACAAGGUGGCUCAGGAACCGACCCCGACCCCGAGAGUCCUGAUGAGUUCUUUGACCCAACCCCAUCUGCUGGCCAACAGACUCAUUCAGUCAGGCAUGAGCCAGGGCAAUUUGUGGUUCUUACAGAUGGUCAAGGCGACGAGAUUGGAAAGGGUUGUGUGCACCAAGCAAGCGGCUCAUGGUCUGGAACAAACCUUGAUGAAUCGGGGUUGUGUGUUGUGGACGUUAGUUAUCUUAAAGUGGAUAAAUGGUCAAGUCUUCCGCACCCAUGUGAUGCUACCGGCACAUCGUAUGGUCAUUCGGAACAGAUUAUUGGUGUGAAGAGAGUGCUGUGGGAUAACAGUAAGCUUGUCGUACAGCAGAAGCCUAGAUGAUAACUUGUGCUGUUUUCCUUGUUGGUCAAACUUAAAACACAUAACUUUCUUUUCUGGCUGCACAUAUGCUAAAAGGUUGCAUAUACAGACAGAUUUUAGCUUGUAUAGGUUGACCGUUAACAAGGCCUUUUAAUUUAGAGUAUGUUUACAACUUAUC